AUGUUGGAGGUGACAAGGGAAAAGACGGAAAUGGUAAUGACGCAGCGAUACGCGAGUCCACCAGUGAGACGAGGGGAUGACUCGUUUCAGGAGAUUUUACUGAUGUCCUCACGAAAUGAUGUUUACAGUUUGGGCUUGGUCAUUUGGGAGUUAGUGGAAAGGAAAGUAGUUCUUGGAGAAUUUGGAGCAUUCGGAAUUGAAAGCGUCGGAUCUAACACUGAAUACUUU